AUGCACUUGUACAGAUGCAGUUAUGGAGCUUGCGUGAAUUACACGGCGCGAUGCAACGGUCUGGUGGAUUGUAUAGACGCUAGCGACGAGAUCGCUUGCGAUCGAGAUUCUAAUGAUGUUUGUUCGGAUAGAGAGUUCCAGUGUUCUACUGAUCAUUUAGAGUGCGUACCCCUCGCAGAAAUGUGCAACGGAUAUAAAGAUUGUUCGGAUGGAAGUGACGAAAACGCGAUUUGUCACGAAUAUUCAUGCCCGGAGUACACGUUCCGUUGUUUAUACGGAGGUUGCGUUCAUCAAGAAGUAAUUUGCGAUGGUGUCAAGGACUGUAUUGACGGUACCGAUGAAGAUUUAAACAUGUGCACAGCUAUUAAUUGCAAAGAUGGAGAAUGUCCGCAACAUAAAUGCCGAGACGAAGAAUUUGUAUGUAAAAACGGAGGGCAAUGCUUACCAAUAACUAAAAUAUGCGACGGCGCUCGUCACUGUCUAGACGCAUCUGAUGAAAGCACAGAAAUGUGUAACGCACGUAAAUGCCCUGAGAAUUGGUUUCGCUGCGUCUACGGCGGCUGCAUUCGACCGGAAUGGAAAUGCGAUUCUCGGCUUAAUUGUCACGACUGGAGCGACGAGGACGAGUCGCUAUGCGGGAUAACACUAUCUAAAAAUGCCUGUCGAUUACCCGCAGCAAAAGCUGGAACACAUUAUAGCGUAAGUGAAUGUCCAAGAUGCCGACCGGGCCAAAUUGUUCCAGAAUUUACACGAAUCGAUUAUACCUGCGACGUUGAGGACUCUUUGCAAGGUCCCAGUACAAUUUAUUGCCAGAAUAACAGGUGGUUCCCCGGCAUUCCGCGCUGUGCUUCCGCAAAUGAAUCGGAAGGAAUGACAUGUUCAGCGCUGUCCGAAGCGCAUGGCGCGAUUAGGCGAUGCGAGGCGAUGUGGGGUCCUCAUAAAGGAUGGGUGCCGUGUAACUACACUCUCCUGGUCGAGGCGGCAUUAAUUAUAAAAGGUUGGCGCGUCAAGAGGGAGGAGAUGCUGCCGUGGCAAGCCACCCUCUUCUCGCACGAGGACGGCCAGUGGAGAUUUUUUUGCGGCGGCACUUUGGUAGCGGAACGCGUCGUGUUAACCGCCGGCCACUGUGUUUGGAAAACCUCAGCGGAUACGGUGCGCGUUGCCUUCGGGAUUCUCUCGAGCGAUUUGAGAGAGGCGGGGGAAAACGCGCAGGUAAUCGACGUGGAAAGUAUCGAACUGCAGGGCGCGUAUCAAGAUCACGAGAGUAACUACGCCUCGGACAUCGCAUUACUGAUUCUGAAGGAAGCUGUGACCAUCAAUUCGAUUGUCGGACCCGUUUGCCUUCCUCGAAAUCCCGACGCGAUAUUGGCGGAAUCUCAGAAAAACGGAGGGCUUGGGUUGGUCGCCGGGAUGGGACUGACGGAGAACGACACGUUCAGUUCGGUAUUAAGAGUGACCACGAUGAAGAUCGUUUCCGACGACGAAUGUCGCGAAAGCCAGAAGAAAGAUUUUCGAAAAUACUUAACUUACACGUCCUUUUGCGCCGGAUGGGAGAACGGCACUGGAGUGUGCAACGGGGACAGCGGCGGAGGGCUGGUGAUUCAGCGACCAAAUUCCAGCGUCUGGGAAGUGCACGGGGUGGUUUCCGUAAGCCCACGGAGAUUAGGUACCAGCAUGUGCGAUCCUAAUUUCUAUACAGUUUUCACAAAGGCUUUUCAAAUAAAAAUUUUGCAAAGUAGCAUGCGAGUGAGUCCUGGAUUGAGUGUAACAGCGUAUGUAACUUAUAGUUUUAAAAGAAUGUCCUUAUUGCAUGCGAUUAUCCCGAUCGAGAUCAAUGGAAAGGCUUUCAAUUAUCGUGUGUUAAGUACAAUCGCCACCGGAUACCUCUGCAUCGAGCCAAAGUCGAUAGACUUUGGUACCAUCGACAUUGGCUAUACAUCUAGUUUUAAAAUAAUAACAAUUCGUAAUGAAGGAAACAAAAGCGCCAGGAUUAAAUCUAUUCCGAAUAUACGCGUUCCCAUAAAAGUAAAUGUCAUCGUACCGCGAUUGGUAGUUUAUCAUCCGAACACGAUCGGCGAUCUCACCCUCAUCGAAUUUCCAUCCACAAUAGAAAAUAGCAGCAGAUACGAUACUUUCGUUCUGCGCAAUAUGUCAUCCCGAGUCGCGAGUUAUGUCAUCCUUGGUGAGAUUGACAAUGAAGUAAAAUACAUUCAGGAUAUUGAUCGUAAGCGCUAUCCAACUUACGAUGCUUUCAAAAUUCACCCGCUUGAAGGACAUAUAAAUCCAUUUCAAGGUAUCAUCUUUGAAGUAAAAUUUUCGCCAACGAACACGUCAAUGCAACGGAAACAAAAAUGCGAACACAAACAGCGGACAGAAUGUAAAAAUAAAUGUCAAACUCAAGAAAACGGAGAUUUUAUGGCAUUUAUUCGGAUAGUUCGAGUGCAUUGUAUAGAAUCAGAAGAUAUGAAAACAGUGAUGGAGACUUCUUCUUUAUCAACGUCCUGCGAAUCAAAUUCAGAUACUUAUGACGUAAUAAAGCUCUGUCUUUACGGUAAAAUGGAGACUGUACAGUUGCAAUUCGAGCCCGAUACUCUCUAUUUCGGUGAUUUAAUUGUCGGUCAAAUGUCACAGCGUGUUCUUCGCCUGACAAAUUCUUCUGCCGUUGCACCGAUAUGUUUAAAAUAUGCACCGAACGCAGCUGCACGCUGUUAUCCGAAUUGGAUACGGCUCAAGUCGAAAGAAUCGAUCGAAGUUCUGAUUAAAGUUCGCGGCAAAGAGAGCAUCAAAUCUGCAUUCAACUUGGUCUUUGAUGUCAUAGCGCAUUCUUACAAUUCGGAUGCGUCGAGACGAUGCCUCGAAAAGACCAAAGUUGGAAGCUACUCCGUCAAAUGUAUGGUGAAUAUUAUUUUCAAGUCCAAAAACGAUCUUCUAAGUAACUUGAUGAUCUUGCAACCGAACUCGACAAUAACGAGACUGAUUGAGUAUUUCGCGGACAGAAUUGGCAAGUUUAACGGGUACAUCAAUUACGUGAUUAACGAUAAUCACUGCUUCGAGCUCAAUAUUAUCGCUGACGUCGUGCGCAAACAGUUGUACGUUGACAAAAGCGAGAUUGAUCUCGGUAAGGAAUGGCUGAGUGAAGAAACAUACAGACCAAUAGCCUCUGUUAUUCGAAUUACAAACAAAUUAGAAGCGAAAACGCAUUUUAGUUGGGAAGUGCCGACGAUGUCUGGAUUCUACGUAGAACCGACAUCAGGUGUCAUACGCGGUAACACUAUUUUAUACGUUUACGUGUAUUAUAAGCCGAAUGACGCUAAGGUUACUCAUGUGCAAGCGAUAAUGAAGUGUGAAAACGAAAAUUACGUGUCUCUGCGAUUCAAUGCACCGCGAGUCGUGCCAAAAGUUGAAUUUAUGACCGACAGUGCGAGCGUGGGGGAAAUACCGCUCAAUUUGCCGAUCAAAGUGAUCGCAGUUCUUCAAAAUUUCGAAUUUAACGAGGUGUUGUACGAGGUGGAUAGCGCAUCGUUGAUACGCGGCUGCAGCGUUAAUCCGCUGCGGGGAAAAAUAUCGCCACGUGGUAUCGCGAUCUUCGAGGUGCAUCUUAAAUUCGGCGUGUGCUGUCAAUUUUCCACUGCAAUCGUCGUUAGGAUUCAAGAACGUCUACAGUUGCGGUACACGAUAAGCGGCAAUGUAUCAUUUCCGCAAUUGAAAAUUCUACCGCAACAAAUAAACAUGAAUCGCGUCAAUAUUGAUACUUCCCAGAUUCAUCGGCUAACAGCCACAAAUAUUGGAACGACAACGUUACAACUGCACGUUCCACUAGAAGAAUAUCCCGAAUUUCGCGUCUCUCUGUCGGCGAACAGCAAAAAUUCGGACAUAGGCAAGUUCAGUAACAUUUAAAAAUAGUAAAGUAGAAAAUAUCUGAUAUUUUCUUAAAAGAAGCAU